AGACUGCCUCGGGGCUCGAGUGGCGAGCUGACUGUAACCAGUCGGACGGGUGAGGGGAGAUAUUCUUUCAACAGGAAACUCCGUGGGAAAAGUAAGAAAAUGGAAAAUGCAAAUACCGUGGAAAUGGGUAAAAUCGACGGUUGAAAAAUAACUUGUUGAUCCAGCCGAUUUUCCACUGGUUGUCAUAAGGUGAAAGCCACAUCGCCGUGGCAGUGGAAAGUUGUCUGUGGGUCCGCGGGGUUUCUUCUGUUGACUGUUGACACGAGAGGUUACCACGUGUCGAAUUGGACAGUGGUCGAAAUGGGCAGGAAAAGGAAAAACGACGAAUACGAAUACGACCCAGUGCCGAAACAUUUAGCCGUCGCGGGACAUCUCAGAAAUCAGGAAAAGCGGCUGAUCGUCGUUCUGGAAAAUGCACAGCUAGAAACAGUGAAGACUGGGCAUGGAUUUGAACUUCUAAACAGCGAUGAUCAUGUUGGCAUACUUAGUAAAAACGACCGAGCACCUGGAGACUGCAGACCUGACAUAGUGCACCAAUGUCUGUUAAUGCUCAUGGACAGUCCUCUGAAUCGGGCCGGGUUAUUACAAGUGUACGUUCACACAGAAAAAAAUGUCCUAAUUGAAAUCAACCCCCAAACAAGGAUCCCUCGGACUUUUAAAAGAUUCGCUGGACUGAUGGUCCAGCUCCUACACAAAUUCAACAUCAGGACGUCUAAAGGAGGCAUGAAGCUGUUAAAAGUCAUCAAAAACCCCGUCACAGAACAUUUGCCAGUUGGUUGUAAAAAAAUAGGCACUUCCUUUUCAUCGAAGAAGGUAGUUCACCCGAGAAGUCUAGUUCCCCAUGAUGAACCGCUUACCAUCGUAGUCGGCGCAAAGGCUCAUGGACAGGCUUCGCCGGAAUACAUAGAAGACACUAUAUCGAUUAGCAACUAUCCUCUAUCAGCUGCUCUGACUUGCACCAAACUCUGUUCAGCAUUUGAAGAAGUUUGGAACGUCACAUAACAUUUUUAGUUUUAAUUUUUCCACUGUAAAUUAUAUAAUUUUUGUGUAUAUAUGA